AGGGAACUUCUUAAAGUCCCGCCGCCUCCUGGCGCUCGGAGGAGGCGCGGGGGAGCGGCGGAAUGUCCCGGUCGGGCGGCGGCGUGUGCCGCUGCUGGGCGCUCGUCCUCCUGUGGGCGGCGGCGUGCAGCCGCGCAGAGCUCCGCUAUGCAACUGUGUACUGGAAUAAAGCUGAAAAAAUACUUCAGGUCAGGAAUACACUGGACAGGAGUGGAGAUGCUUAUGGCUUCUACAACAACAGUCUACAGACAACAGGCUGGGGUGUCCUGGAGAUCAGAGCAGGCUAUGGCACUCAGACCUUGAGCAAUGAAGAUAUUAUGUAUGUUGCUGGCUUCUUGGAAGGCUAUCUCACAGCUCCGCAAAUGUAUGACCAUGCUGCGAAUAUGUAUCCACAGCUAAUUAAGACUCCCACCGUUCGGAGUGGAGUUCAGRAUUUUAUGGCGAAGCAAGAUCAAUGGACAAGACAACAAAUCAGAAAUAAUAAGGAUGACCCAUUUUGGAGGCAUGCUGGCUAUAUUAUUGCACAGUUGGAUGGUCUGUACAUGGGAGCCCUCGAAUGGGCUAAACUACAUAAACAAACACCACUGAGCAACUUUGAUGUCCAGUUUCUGAAUGCAGUUGGAGACCUGUUGGACCUUAUUCCUGCAUUAUUUGAUUAUUCUGCACGGGGUAGAGAAUGCARUGGGGAGCCAGGAGGCCAUGGGAGAUACCAGUGGGAUAUGGGACACUGCUCUGCACUGAUCAAGGUUCUACCUGGAUAUGAGAAUAUAUAUUUUGCCCAUUCCAGCUGGUUUACUUAUGCAGCCACACUGAGAAUAUAUAAACAUUGGAACUUCAAUAUAGUUGAUCCAUACACCAGCACCGGCCGUGUCUCAUUCAGCAGUUACCCAGGCUUUUUGGUGUCCCUGGAUGACUUUUACAUACUGGGCAGCGGCUUGGUAAUGUUGCAGACUACCAACAGUGUUUACAACCAAACCCUCAUUAAGCAAGUGGUGCCYGAAUCCUUGUUAGCUUGGCAGAGGGUCCGCAUUGCCAACAUGAUGGCAAAUGAUGGCAGAACUUGGGCAGAGACCUUCUCAAAGUGCAACUCUGGAACCUACAACAAUCAGUACAUGGUUCUAGACCUGAAGAAGGUCAAGCUGCAGAGGAGCCUUGAUGAUGGUGCAUUGUACAUUGUUGAGCAAAUCCCAACCCUUGUGGAGUAUUCUGAUCAAACAAAUGUUCUCCGGAAAGGUUACUGGCCUUCAUACAAUAUCCCUUUCCAUGAAAAGAUUUACAAUCUCAGUGGGUAUGCAUCAUACGUUGCCAAGUACGGCAUGGAUUUUUCCUAUGAACUUGCUCCAAGAGCAAAAAUCUUCCGUCGAGACCAGGGCAAGGUGACCAACUUGGAAAGCAUGAAGUACAUCAUGAGAUACAACAACUAUCAGCGUGAUCCUUAUGCUGAACACAAUCCUUGCAACACCAUUUGCUGCCGGGAAGAUCUGAAUCCUUCUUUACCAGUGCCUGCAGGCUGCUAUGACUCCAAGGUGUCAGAUUUCCGCCUGGCUGCAGCAUUCACAGCCUCUGCCAUCAAUGGUCCUCCAGUGCAGGGCGGGCUCCCUGUCUUCACCUGGAGACGGUUCAACCGCACACAACACCAGGGCCUGCCAGAGUCAUACAACUUCGAUUUUGUCACCAUGAGGCCAAUCCUGUAAAACCAGCAUCAAUAUCCACAAGUGAUUUUUUUUAAAAAAUGGAAAUCUUAUUUCUUGUGUGUAAUAAAUCAACCUGGUUGUCUACA